UCUGGCUUGGGCAAGAGAAGAAGGUAGGGGGCAGGCAGGGACUGUCAUCUCUGCCCUCUGGAGCCUGGGGUCCAUCCUUCACCCAGAGAACGACUCAGUAACAGGCUUAGCCCGGUCCGGGUGGGAGAGGGGAGUGGCCGUCUUUCUGUCCGGGAAGGCUCAGGGCUCGAUGAGGGGGAGGAUGGAGGAGGGGAGCCUGGAGACCCCCGCCCCAGUGGCGGGGCGGGGCAGCGGGGGUGUGUGGUCCUUACUCAGCAGGGCUAGCAGGCAGGCUGAGCCCGAGGGACAGUCGGCCUUGGGGGCCGAGCCGGGCUCCGUGACCCCCGUGAGCACUGGGGAGACCCCCCAGACGGGGGCGGGGCGAGUCCCACCGGCCGGGCGGCCCCUCGCGGGCUUAGCACGCCCGACAGCACUAACCAGCCGGCCCAGCAAAUCUUUUGUCGGGGCGGCGCUGAGCCAGCAGGGCGCCGCCCGCUAUAUCUGGGGCCCCCUGCACGCCCGCGGACCCGCACUCCAGGCGCCCAAGGUGCACCAUGGCGCAGCGCUCCGGGAAGAUCACGCUCUAUGAGGGCAAGCACUUCACUGGCAGGAAGCUGGAGGUCUUCGGGGACUGUGACAACUUCCAGGAUCGAGGCUUCAUGAACCGGGUGAACUCGGUCCGUGUGGAGAGUGGGGCCUGGGUCUGCUUCGACCACCCCGACUUCCGGGGCCAGCAGUUCAUCCUGGAGCGCGGCGACUACCCCGACUUCUACCGCUGGAACGGCCACAACGACCACAUGGGCUCCUGUCGGCCCGUGAGGAUGCACGGGGAACACUUCCGCCUAGAAAUCUUCGAGGGCUGCAACUUCACGGGCCAGUGCCUGGAGUUCGAGGAAGACUGUCCCUUCCUUCAGAGUCGGGGCUGGACCAAGAACUGUGUCAAUGCCAUCAAGGCGUACGGGGACGGAGCGUGGGUUCUCUACGAGGAGCCCAACUACCGGGGCCGCAUGUACCUGGUGGAGAGGGGCGACUUCCGCAGCUUCUCCGACUGGGAGGCCCACAGCGCGCGCGUCCAGUCCCUCCGCAGGGUGGCCAACUUCUUCUAACUGCCCACCCACCCACCUGCCCACCGAGGUCUGGCCGCAACCAGGAGCCACUCCCCCAAGGAGAAGGCCAGUCCCCUCUGCCCACCCCAGGACCGUGGGGAAUAAACAUCCUAAA